UUAAUGAUGACCGUCAGUAUACUCGGAAGAGGAACAGCAUAUAGAGAGCCAAAAACGGGUCCAGCGUCCAGCGUGUCUGAUUAUGACAUGAGGAUUGGUGUUUGGAGUUGUGUCAGUGACGACGGGAGGUGCGGUGGCGGGGGAGACAGCAGCCUGUGCUUGCGAAGACUGGGCUUGAGACGCGCCAUUAGAAUGCUGUGUGGUAUUGCCAUUGGGAGGACGGGAGGUGCUCGCGGCAGCGUUCCCAGGUUUCAAUGGAAUUAUUUUCAUUCGUCUUUCUCUUGCACAUGCGUUCCUCUGUGUUGUAUGAGGGAGGGUUUGAAUAUUCGAGAAGCAAACAGACAACAUACACGUUUGCCCUUGGCGUACGGAACAUUGACUACUGCUGAGGGACGCUCGCGAAGCUCGAUAUCUUCACCGGUUGGUCUCCCAGAGAGACGACUCCGAACCCAGUGGAAAGGGCGGGGUCGCGAAGACGUAUCGUGGGCGUCGGUGUGGAAUAAAGAAGAAAGUCGGUCACGAAGGAUGCUUGGAUGUGAUGCGUGCUGAGUGAGCCCGAUCUGGUAAGUCGUCAAAAAAACCAUGAGGCACCCGGCGCUGGGGAAUGAUGAUUGGCUGACGAACUGGACGUGGUGUAGCAUCAGCCUAGAAGGAAUGUGUUCAAUUGCGAUAGGAUAGGACCUGAUCAUAAAAAGUAACACAUACAGCAAAGACCGGCUUGUCCAACAGAGGUUCGCUAAGGCCAGCUUCUUUUAGUAUCCCAGAAAUGUCCCAUGUAUACGCAUUUUUGUCACCGCAGCCAGUGGCUAGUAGCU